AUGGGGAAGCGCAAUUUCGCCGACUUCUCGGAAUCCCCAUACACACCGCACGACCGCAGCCAAUCCCUACAACUGACCCGGCUCUUCCAGAAAUUCGAAUAUGGCGUGAUGACCCUAUCGAAAGCGCUCAAGGUAGCGCGGGGGUUCGAGCGCCAGAAGCUCGGACGACGAGAGAAGACGGCGCAGAAGGAAGAGAGUGAGAAGAAGGAGGGGACGUUGAGUCGCAUUGCGGAGGAGAUUCAGGUUGUUAAGACCCUCGACCCCCACACCACCGCCGAGAAAUACCUCUUCAAGCAACUCCUCAAGACGAAACGAAUCGCCGAGUCACCGCUCUUCAUCGCCUUCAAGGAUAAAAAGAAGAUCGCGGCGGAGGGGCCGAAGAGCUCGGCCGAGGCGAACGUCACGGCACGGUUGUACAAGUCUACGCCGGUGAAGAAUGUGUUUCCGGGGAUUAUGGAGGGGAUACGCAAGUUGUUGGGGAUUGAAGAUAAGCCUGCGGGUGGGGAUGUGAAGGGAGCUGACAAGAAGGCGAAAGACGGGAAGACGAAGGAGAAAUCUACCAAGGAAGACAAGAAGAAAUCAAAGGAUGACAGCGAGACUGUAUCGACCAAACGGACCAGCGCAUCCGCUGACCCCGACGCCUCGCCAAGCGGCGACGAAGACAUCAACAUGGACGACGCAGGCUCGGACGCAGACAGCAUCGACUUUGCGCAAUUCGAUGCGCGACUCGCGCCCGAUUCCGGGAACGAAGACGAAGACGAAUCCGAGGAUGACGGUCGCGCUCGCAACGACAUCAGCGACGAUAUCAGCGGCGAAGAAGAAGAAGACGACGACGACCAACACAUCUCCAUCUCCCGCUCUCCAUCCCCCGACGCCCCUCCUACGAAGAAAGCCAAGGGAAGCAAAGCGUCCUCAACGCCCGCGACCAGCACGACCUUCCUCCCAUCACUCACAAUGGGCGGAUACUGGUCCGGAUCCGAGGACGAGGCUGAAGACGGCGAGGCGGCGAACGAGCCCCCGCGUCGCAAGAACCGUAUGGGUCAGCAGGCGCGUCGGGCGCUCUGGGAGAAGAAGUACGGAUCUGGAGCGAAUCACGUCAAGCAGGAGAAGAAUAAGCGGAAGGCAGGCGGACGCGAUAAUGGGUGGGAUGCUCGGCGGGGAGCGACUGAUGGGGGUGAUCGCUGGGGACGGGGUGGCGGUAGGGGCAGGCCGCAGCAGCAGCAGCAGUUUGGACGUCCUCAGCGCGGAGGGCCUCCAGCGAAGAAGCCGGAGGAUAAUAAGCCAUUGCAUCCGUCAUGGGAGGCGGCGAGAAAGGCGAAGGAGCAGAAGGCUACUGCUGCUUUCCAGGGAAAGAAGGUUACGUUCGAUUAG